AUGCGAGCAAGCGUAAGCCCCACAGCCUCCACCUCUGAUCCACUGAUGUCCCUCAGCAGGCAGCAAACAGCCCUGGGGAGUGAGAUACAGCGAGAUGAAGGUCUGAACAAGCCACAGCAGCCUGAAUAUCGGUUUCAAGCCGUCCAGAGACCGCCGCUCCCGACAGUUGGGCGCGAGCGCGGCCUCCGGGCUGGCCGCAAUAAAUGCGGCCGGUCACUGCGCAGGCGCGGGGCGUGCACUUCCCGCUUCCUCCGCGCGGGACCUGGCUCCGUCCAUCUCUGUGCCUGUCCGCAUCGGACGCUUACACCUCGUAGGUCCAGGCACGCAGACACCGCUCCACACCCCGAGGAACGCAUCCGGGACGCGGGCUCGGCGCGCCAUUGUGCACAAAGCCAGCCCCCUCGCAAACACACACCUGUUCAGGUGGCUAUCAAGAUCAUCUCCACUGCCGAGGCCCCUGUGUUCUCCCAAAAGUUCCUGCCUCGUGAGAUAUCGUCACUCAAUGCUACCUACAAGCACCUGAAUGUGGUGCAGCUCUAUGAGACCUACCAGAAUAGCCAGCGCUCCUACUUGGUGCUAGAGCUGGCAGCCCGCGGUGACCUCCUGGAACACAUCAACGUGGUGUCGGACCGCUGCUGCCACCCGGGGCUGGGAGAGGAGGCGGCCCGCAGGCUCUUCUGGCAGCUGGUCAGUGCCGUGGCCCACUGCCACAGCUCGGGCAUCGUGCACCGGGAUCUAAAGUGUGACAACAUCCUGCUGGACGACCAAGGCCUCCGAAAGCUGACCGCUGAGCCUGUGGCCCAGCCCCACCCCCUUCCCUGGACUCCCUGACUCAUGACCUCAGCCUUCAACUUCUUCAUGAGGCCCACCCAUUUUCAACUGCUGUCCCAGCCAGGACCCCAGCCUCCACCCUCGCCUGCUUCAGACUUUCUUCUAUUGCAUUGAAGACCCAUUUAUUCAUUUGAGAGAGAGAGGAG